AGGGACACGCUCAGAUGCCCAAGCGGAUCACCAGUGGAGGAGGAGUGCCGCUGAGGAGAAGAGCUCUGCAAUGAACAAGACCAAGAGGAAACCAAGUGGAGAGGGCAGGAAGCUGGUCCAGCGGAGGAGGAACACAUGCCCCAGUCCUCAGGACAUCACCCGGGCCCUGCAGAGCCCCAGCUCUGCUCCCAGCGCCAGUGCUGCCAGCCUGGAUGAGCUCAUUCAGCGCUGCCUGAACUGUUUCGAUUCAGAGGGAAAGCUCUCCAGCCCCAGAGGGUCCCAGCUGGUCCACAUGACCCUGAUGAUGCACAGUUGGGUUGUGCCAUCUCAGAUGUUCGCCCAGAAACUUCUCACUCUUUAUAAGGAUUGUCCAUCGGACAAGAGGGGACUGAGGCGGACCCAGAUCUGCCACCUCAUCAGGCAGUGGAUCAGCCAGUUCCCGGCGGUGUUCGAGGCAGACCCCCUCCUGGAGCAGACGAUGGGGGACCUGUGGGCGCUGGUCCGCUCAGACGGAGAGGAGACGCACUCACAGCUCAUCGACACCUCCUGCUUAGGCCCUCAUGGGAACAUAUUCCAGGCACCUUCACCCUCUGUGAAGAAGAGGAAAGUGUCUUUGAUCUUCGACCACAUGGAGCCAGAUGAGAUGGCUGAACACCUCAGCUACCUGGAGUUCAAGAACUUCUGUAAUGUUUCAUUCCUGGACUACCGCAGCUACGUGGUGCGAGGCUCGGUGAGGGACAACCCUGCUCUGGAGCGCUCGGUCAUGAUGUGUAACGGGGUCUCCCAGUGGGUCCAGCUGAUGAUCCUCAGCAGACACACGGCCCAGCAGAGAGCCCAGGUCUUCACUAAGUUCAUCCACGUGGCUCAGAAACUUCGAGUUCUGCAAAACUUUAACACUCUAAUGGCAGUGACCGGAGGCCUCUGUCACAGCUCAAUCUCACGCCUCAAAGACACCUCAAACCUGCUGCCUCCUGACAUCACUAAGGCCCUGAGUGAGAUGACGGAGCUUCUCUCCUCGCGUAGCAACUACAUCAACUACCGGCGGGUUUACAACGAGUGCAGCGGUUUCAAGGUGCCCAUCCUGGGGGUCCACCUGAAGGACCUGAUCUCGCUGAACGAGGCCCUGCCAGACUACAUAGAUGAGGAAAAGAUCAACCUGAGCAAGCUGCAGCACCUUUACAGCAACAUCAACGACCUGGUGGGCAUCCACGCCUGCUCGCCGCCCUUCGAGGCCAACAAAGACCUUCUGCAUCUGCUCACGCUCUCUCUAGAUUUAUACUACACUGAGGAUGAGAUAUAUGAGCUUUCAUACACCAAGGAACCCAAGGAACCCAAGAACACCAAGAUCCAGCCUGUAGCUCCAGUUAAACCGCCCGCCGUGGCAGAGUGGGGAUCAGGAAUCACCCCCCGGCUCGACCCCGACACCAUCUCUAAACACGUCAAACAGAUGGUGGAUUCCGUCAUGAAAAAUUACGACCAGAACCAGGAUGGUUACAUUUCACUGGAGGACUUUGAGAAAAUAGCAGCCAACUUCCCCUUCUCCUUCUGCACGCAUGAAACUGACAGGGAGGGUCAAAUCAGCCGUGAAGAAAUCACCUCUUACUUCAUGAGGGGAAUGUCUGUAUGUGCCAAGCUGGGCUUGAACUUUAAUGCACAUAACUUCCAUGAAACCACGUAUAAGCGGCCUACCUUUUGUGAGACUUGUGGGGGCUUUCUGUGGGGAGUCAUCAAACAGGGCUACCACUGUAAAGACUGUGGGAUAAACUGUCACAGACACUGUAGAGAUUUGGUGGGAAUGGAGUGCUUGAAAAAACACAAAAACACAACUGGGUCCUGCCCGUGCACCCCGGCCCCCGACUCCAGAACAAAGGGCAACAGCUGGAGUUCAGAGGAGGAGACCUUCGUUUUCCCCCAAAGUAACGAGACAGAAAACAACUCCAGCUCCUCUCCUUGGAAAAAUAACGCGGGUGAUUUUACGCUGUCGGACCGCUCCACUCAGACAGAUCCUGGAGUUUGGACACCUGAGAAAAGGGACAAGAGAGGAAACCUCCACAACUCUCUCGUACACGCAUCCCCGGACAGAAGGAUGCACACACUGCCACAGAGGGCCCGAGGCUGCUCCAUGCCCGUUUCCUGCCUGCAGGAGAAGAUGGAGGAGCUGCAUCUCUACAAAGACAAAAGCAGAGAGCCGGACUGAACGCUCUGUCUUCAUCUGACAUUUCCUUCUCAUGGACAAAAAACCAUCCAGACACCAGCACGUGCCUGGUGAUGAACUGAUUUACUGGCUCUGGCUCUGUACGGACUCUCUACUGUUUCAUUAUUUUAUUUUUGUCGGUCUUGUUAGUUUGGUGUUUAGGUUUAGGCUUCAGACAUCGACUGUAAUUUAUAAAAACACCUAUUUUUUUGUUCUUUUUAGAGCAGGUGCCUUGGUUCUCUGGUGCUAAGAUUCAACCUCAGUCCAUUAAGGUCAUUUAUGAAAACAGACAAGAGUUUCCCGGUCCUUUAUUCACAUGAUUCAUGCAGGGUAGGAAAUUAACACUAACCUCCACCAAAUUCUGGUUAAUUAUAACUUCGGCAGCUAUAUGACAACUCUGCUUAUUAUUUCAGAAGCAGACAAAACAUGCUACUUGUUUGGCUUUUGGUGAAAUGUAAACAUGAGAUCAUUUGUCAACCAGUCGAUUAAUAUUGUAACUGUGUAUAAGGUAUCUAUCCCUUUAAUAUCUUUGGUUAUAUUACAACCCCACUACCCAAAAAAAGUUGGGAUGCUGUGUAAAAUGUAUAUAAAAACAGAAUGUAUCAAAUUCAGAUGGGCAUAUACAUUGUAAAAAAUGAGAAAUAGGGCGAAAAAUAAAAAAUUGCAUAUCACCAUAAUAGACACUUUUAAUUACCGUAAAUCAAGGAAUAGUACAAAACUUUUGAAAACACAGUUUUACUGUAAAAAUAUUUUUUUAAAUUAAUGUUAAAUUAAAGGAGAAAUACCAUAUUGUCACAAGGACACAAUUACCCUAAAAAUAAAGGGACUACUCAGUCUCAAUUACAGUUUUGGUUGAUAUUCACAUAUACAUUUACAGUAGAAAACACACUCACUGUGUUUUUUUACGGUGAAGUUCUGGCAACCAAAGCUGCCAGUAUUUUACCGUAAUAUUAAACAGAUUUUUUUCUACAGUGUAGACAUAAAAUUAAAAUAUUAAAAUAUCACCUAUGUAGAUGCUUUUAAUUACCGUAAAUCAAUGAAUAAUAUAAAACGUUUUAACUGUAGAAAACACACAGUUUAUUUCAUGUAAAAUUAAAGGAGAAAUACCAUAUUGUCACUAGGACACAAUCACCCUAAAAAUAAAGGGAUUAUUCAGUCAAAAUUACAGUUUUUGAUAAUAUUUACAUUUUAAUUUACAGCAGAAAACCCACUCACUGUCAUUUUUACGGUGAAAUUCUGGCAACCACAGCUGCUGGUAUUUUACCGUAAAUUAAACAGAUUUUUUUUACAAUAUAGUCUGAACAUUCGCUACAUUGUUCAUUGUACUGUUUUCAAUUGAAUGUAGGUCACAAGGGAUUUGAAAAUCAUUGCAUCGUUUUUAUUGCAUUUUUCACAGUGGCCCAACUUUUUUAGAAUCUGUGUUGUAGGCCAGACAGGUUGGCAGAGCCUUUUCUUUGCUGCAAUAUUUGAUUUCCAUGUGAUUAACUACCUUCAAGCAUAUGGAAGUCCAUUUCUGCCAGUAAAAGAAAACGGUUGGAUGAAAGAUCCUCUUAGUCAUUAUGAGAAACUUUUAGUUUUAGUAUCAAAAAACAAUGAUACAUUAUCUCAAAAUAACUUGGUGUGUCAAAACGAGAAAGUAUAAUUUAGCGAAACUAUUUUGAGAUCCUGAUUAUUUUGAGGAAGUUUUUCAUUAUCUUGUGAUACAAAGUCGUUCAGAGUUCAUGCAGCUUUUUAAGAGUGAAAUGUAAGCACUAAAAACAAGAUAAAAACACUAAACCUGAGGGAAAUUACCUUGCAGCAUGGAAAAUACAAAUAAGCAUGUUGAAUGCUUAAAAUAAGAAAUUAACUCCAAAAACAA